CUAAAAGCCUAAAUUCUAAAAUUUCUACAAACUAAAACAAUUAAAAAGACUAAUAUCCAUAAAGAUACAUGUUUCAGAACAAGAAAUAUGACUUUAAUCUUUCCGUCAAAGUAAAUCCUUUCUCAUUUCUCAACAGUGUUACUUUGCAGUAAAGUGACCUGAUGGGCCUAUAUUUUUUUGUUCAAUUCAGACACUUUUUUGAGAGGAAAAUAAUAGAGAGAACUCUACUUUCUAGCUCAUCAUCCUAAUUCUGAUAGGACUCAGCCAGUUCUCACAUUCCAAAGAUUCUUGAGGCCAACAGUAAUGGAAGGGGAGCAAGUAGUAUUCCUCUUUACAGAAACUGGGUCAGAUACACAGGUAACAGAUGCCCAAAGAUCUUCCAGAAACGUUUUGCAGUGGAUAUUCUUGGGCUCUGUCCAUUUUAGUAGUAAACCACACAGGUUAUUGAUACUUUAUUUAAAUUUAUAAAUCUCUUUGAUCACAGCUGCAACGCUUAGUCAAUAAACCUAUAAGACUUGUAAUGUCCAUUGAAAAUUGCAUAAUGAUUGUAUUAAGCUUCCAUUUCUAUUCAUAAAUAGAAACAAGACCUCGUUUGCAUUUCACUAUCCAUAUAUUAUCUGUUUAUACAUAUUUGCAGACACUCACCUGGGCUCUGCUCAAAUAUGGAGAAAACUUUAAUGCUAUUAGCUUCAGCUUCUCACACGUUUAAAGUAAAUGCAUACUUAGUUGUCAAGUAAACAUAUCUGUACCUUUUUCAUAUUAUCUUUAUCCUUAUCAUUCUUUGUCCAUUUUAUAUCCUCCUAUCUUCCAAAAUAUCUGCUGAGGAGUCCAUUAACAUCCUUGCUUAAUUCUACUGGCUGUUGACCUGCACUACGUACUGGUCCCAUGGUUUCAGAGGCUGGAACCCCAUUCAAUUUGUGUAACCUGGAGAAUGGUUUGCUCUCAGCCUUCAACUUAGAGUUCUAAUGCCCUACAUUGAACUUUUUAAAAAGUAUGUGAUUAAAAUUUUGGGGGGAAGAAAUAAGUUUCAUAUAAUUGGCAUAUUUUGUGCUAACAUAUAACACUUUAUUUGCGUAUUUAAGGUAAAUGCUUUGAGAGUAAAUACUGUCAAGUUCUUAGCAUAAUAUUUUUUGGAGGGCACAAUUUUUUACUUUGAUUUUCUACUCCUUUGAAGUUUUGCUAAAUCUUAGUCCUUAGAGCACUUCAUGGAGGAUGCCUUGGAAUGUAGUGAGCCAGCCUCUAGGAUGCAGUUCCGCAAGAACCUGCCUCAGGCUGGGUCACACUUGGGAUUGAGUGUCGCUAUCUUGGGACCCACGUUUCAAGAUUUGGCAACAAAUGUAAACCGUAAUAUCAGCAGUCUUUCUAUGAUUUUUGUGGGCCGUGCCUUUGGAUAUUUGAGUGGUUCUGUGAUCGGUGGAGUUCUUUUUGACAAUAUGAAUCCUUUUCUACUUUUGGGGGUGUCACUGUUGGCUACCACAAUUGGUCUGUAUCUUGUUCCAUUUUGUAAGACAGCAGUACUACUGGUUGUUAUGAUGUCCGUCUUUGGUGUUUCAAUGGGCAUUCUGGAUACAGGUGGUAAUGUGUUAAUCUUGGCUAUUUGGGGUGACAAAGGAGCCCCACAUAUGCAGGCCUUACACUUCAGUUUUGCCUUGGGUGCCUUUUUGGCUCCACUGCUGGCUAAAUUGGCACUGGGCACAACCGAGUCUGCUGAAAACCACACAGAGGCUGACUUGCACCAUUCCGCACUCAACCAGUCAUCUGAAGCUGACUCAGAAUCUCUGCUUGGAGUACCUCACAAUAUGAAUUUACUGUGGGCUUAUGCUCUUAUCGGUACUUACAUAUUUGUAGUUUCUAUCUUUCUUUUUGCUCUGUUUUUAAAGAAAAGCUCACAGCGGGAAAAAGCAAAAGCAUCUGCUCAGAGGUCUCGAAGAGCUAAAUAUCACAACGCCCUUCUUUGUCUCCUUUUCCUGUUUUUCUUUUUUUAUGUUGGAGCUGAGGUAACAUAUGGCUCUUACGUUUUCUCAUUUGCAAUCACCCACGCUGGAAUGACAGAAAGUCAAGCGGCUGGACUGAACUCCAUCUUCUGGGGGACCUUUGCAGCCUUCAGGGGCCUGGCAGUCUUUUUUGCUACAUGUUUACAACCUGGAACCAUGAUUGUGUUGAGCAACAUUGGCAGCCUGAUAUCAUCAUUAUUUCUGGUGCUUUUUAAUAAGAGCCCAAUUUGUCUAUGGAUAGCAACUUCAGUGUAUGGGGCCUCCAUGGCAACCACGUUUCCCAGUGGUGUUUCUUGGAUUGAGCAGUACACGACUAUCCAUGGAAAAGCGGCAGCAUUUUUUGUUGUUGGUGCUGCCCUGGGAGAAAUGGCUAUUCCUGCAGUAAUUGGAAUUCUUCAAGGAAAAUAUCCCAAUUUACCUGUAGUUUUGUACACCUCUUUGGGGGCAGCAGUAGCCACUGCUGUUUUAUUUCCGGUGAUGUAUAAAUUAGCCACCUUACCUCUCAAUCGUCAGCAAAAAGAACACAGGAAAAGUGAGGACCAGAAAGCUUUGCUCUCUAGCUCUGGACUAAAUGACUAUGAGGAAGAGAAUGAAGAAGAUGAUGCUGAAAAAUGGAAUGAAAUGGAUUUUGAAGUGAUUGAAAUGAAUGAUACAAUGAGGAAUUCUGUAACAGAGACAUCUAGAAAUACUUUGAUGGAACCCACAGCAGAAGUCUCCAACCAAUUUCACUCAAAUGCAUUAGUGUAUGAGUUCUCUCCAGCGAAUACUGACAAGUCCCCUGUGAAUCACCUUGUGAAAAACCAGGACAAAAGGGACUAACUCUUAGAGAAGAUGGAUUAUUUAUUGACUUUCUUGAAUAAUUGCCAGUUCUGGAGAGACCAGUUAGAACAGAGCAUUAACAGAUUUUCAGCAUGCUUUGGGGGAUCAAAAUGUCUAGGUCAGAGUGUAGCAAAUGCUAAAAAGUUUUGAUACAUUCUCUAAUUCCCAGAGUCCUCCAUAAAGAACCAGUGGUCUCAGCAGGAUGUGAGGCUAGUGUUUGGCAUGUGGCUGAUUAGGUAAUAUUUUGCAGUCUUCACCUCUCAGAGCAAAGAAGGCAUUUGUUUUUGAGAAAUUAGGUCAUGUUUAAUAGUAUGAAACCAUCUUCAUUGAAUUGAUUAGUUGAACAAAUUAUCAAUCAGCAGUCUUCUUCCAGGGAAGCUGAAGAGAGUUGUUUCAUAAAACAGCCUCUUUGACCAUGGACAGAGAUUGUUAUUAAUUGUUUUACCCUCUCUGUAUUGUUGGACCAAAGAAUGCUAAUGCCUCAUUUGAUUUCUGAGUUCUAGAAGAGAACACAGAACAGGGCCCUAGACACCUGGCUUCAAGCCUUGACUGCUGCUUACUAGCCUUACAGCCCUACACUCUGUCACUUAGCUCACCGAGGCCUCCUUUAGCUCAUCUCUUGCUCUGUGAUUCUGUACGUGAAAUGAAACGAUUUUCAGACGAGAAUGAGUUUUAAAGUUUGUGUAAGUUGUCUGCUAGAAAUUAAUGUAAGUGCCACCCCAUUCUUCAUUUCAAAUGAGAAGUGACACAACACUGGUAGCUUCAAGAAUGUGCUACUGAUUAUGAAUACAUGUCAACUUAAGAGACUCGGUGUUUAAUACUUUAUUUGAAUAAUUAUCCAAAGAUUACAUUUUGAAGUGUAUUUCAUCGAUUCUAAGAGGCACCAUUUUCCACAUUUUUGACAUCUCUGAAAUCAGAAUAUAUCUUAAAAUCGAUGAAUAUUUAACAUUGGGACAAAUUUAAUUGACAGUUUUUUCCAUACACAUACAUAAAGUAAUGUUGUGUUUUACAACCAGUGUCUUAGAUC